AAUUGGGUCGACCCACAUUUAGAUCGAUGCUCCAGGCGUUAACCAUACAGGUAUGAAUAAACAGAAGUCAGUGUUGUGGUCUUGGUUGUAUAUGUCGUAUCAGGCUUUCUGAGUCAUUAAAUAACAUCAACUUGGAGGCUGUGGUCCGGUGGUUAACAAACAAACUGAAACCUAACCUAACUAAACGACAUAAAACUGGAGGCUGUAGCCGGGUGGUUAUCCAACCUGCCUGAACGAAAUACAGAUCGUAGAAUUACUUGUGCAGUGUAUAUUAGUUUGGAGACGAUAUCACAUUGGAGGCUGUGGUCGGGUGGUUAUUCAACGUCCAAUAGCCGAUGAUAAGAUAAAAAAUCAAUGUGCUCUAGUGGCGUCGUUAAAUAAAACAAACUUUACUUUACUGCUUGAACGAAGUCGAGAUAUUGGAAUUAGCUGUGCAGUGUAUAUUAGUUGGAGACGAUACCACAUUGGAGGCUGUGGUCGGGUGAUUAUUCAACCUGCUUGAACGAAGUCGAGAUAUUGGAAUUAGUUGUGCAGUGUAUAUUAGUUGGAGACGAUACCACAUUGGAGGCUGUGGUCGGGUGAUUAUUCAACCUGCUUGAACGAAGUCGAGAUAUUGGAAUUAGCUGUGCAGUGUAUAUUAGUUGGAGACGAUACCACAUUGGAGGCUGUGGUCGGGUGGUUAUUCAACCUGCUUGAACGAAGUCGAGAUAUUGGAAUUAGCUGUGCAGUGUAUAUUAGUUGGAGACGAUACCACAUUGGAGGCUGUGGUCGGGUGGUUAUUCAACCUGCUUGAACGAAGUCGAGAUAUUGGAAUUAGCUGUGCAGUGUAUAUUAGUUGGAGACGAUACCACAUUGGAGGCUGUGGUCGGGUGGUUAUUCAACCUGCCUGAACGAAAUAGACAUAGUGGAAUUAGUUGUGCAGUGUAUAUUAGUUGGAGACGAUAUCAAAUUGGAGGCUGUUGUCGUGUGGUUAACCAACCUGCUUAAACGAGAUCACGAUAGUGGUAUUAGUUCUGCAGUGAACCAGGUUGACUAUAUGACAUCAAACUAGAGGUUUACGUUGCCUAAGCGAAGCGAAGAUUGUGUUACAGAUACACCUAGACACAAACUGCAACAGACGAUCAGUAAUCCAGACAUACGGUAGCUAAACAUGGCCGCUCUGGGCGAAAUCGGCGAUAUCUCCAUUACCGUUUGUGGGUUGUGUGGGAAUGCAUUUAAUGAAGCAGAAAGAACCCCGAUGUUGCUCACCUGCUUCCACAUCAUCUGCCAUCAGUGUCUGGACAUGUCGGGCCGUUCGGAACACUCCGAUGUGAUAUGUCCCAUGUGUCAGGAGUUAUCUCCCGUUACAAGCAUCGUCAGAGCAAAGUUUCCGGAAGACGAAUUUUUCCUGAAAUUUGCCCAAUUCAUCGAACUGGCGUCUAAACCCGAUAGCGUCCCGUGUUCCACGUGCGACGACACAGAUUCCAGCGCCACGACUCGCUGCUUGGACUGUGAGCAGUAUUUGUGUGACGUGUGUAAAUCGCGCCACGGUCGAAGUUCAGCUUCACGACAACACAGAGUCGUCAGUAUACAAGACUACAUCAACAUGCCAGAGGAAUUCUUUCAUCCAAAAGGAAUAUGCAGACAACAUGGCGAUAUGACUCUGAGUCUGUUUUGUGAGAACCAGACAUGUGCGCGAGCCAUCUGUCCCACGUGCGCUGUGGUUUCUCACAAAACUCAUGCGGUGUGUAGUCUGGAAAAUAUCUACCAAGAAAGGAAAGCAGUACUUGAUACCGCAUUGACUGAUUUAACAGAAUUGUUAGAAAAAACAAACAAGCACAGGCAAACGCUGUAUGAGCAAAACGAAACUUUAGACGCCAUACGACAGACGCUAUUACAAGAUAUUGACGAAUCCUACAAUGUCAUCAUCGAAAAAUUGUUCAGUGUGAGAAACCAUAUGCACGAAAGUGUUAUCGCAAAUGUCGAAGGACAAAAGGCUGCGAGAAAAACACAGCUUGAGUUGAGUAUCCAGUCAGAAUCAGACAUCGUGAAACAUAUUCAGCGUUGUCAACUGGCAUCACAGUGUGCGGGGUCGACACAGUUCAUCAACAUGACCGAAUCUCUAGUCCACAAAGCUGCAUCGUUGACAAGAAAUACUACGUUAACCGAUAUGUGCAUAGAUGACGUUCCUCCUAAUCUUGAUGCAUUUUACCAGGUGGAAAGAGUCUUGGUUGGCAUGUCUCAGAUGAGAAGCUGUACUGAGGUGACGGACGCAAUGAUUGGACGAAACUCUGACGUCGUUAAAGUUACCUUACUCCCUGUGGUAUACACAGAGGAGAAUAAGAAGGUAGUGUUGCAGGCUUCAAUUCAGGCUCCUGGGAAAAGCAGACGUGAGGUACAGCCAGCAAUUGCGACAGUAUCUUCUAUCGUUGGAAGUCUCAGGUUCAAACCCGAGGCAUUGGGCAGCUAUAAGACGUUCAUCGGCGUCGAUGGGAAGGUGAUCAAUGACGGUAUUGCCUUUCGCAGCAAGAAUUCGGAUGAGAAAAUGGAGAAGAGAGUCAUUUUUGGUUACCAUGGUCAGUCUGGACGUUGUCGGGAACUUCUUCUGCCAAGUGUUGAACUGGACGGUAACUGGUUAAACUGGAAAGACUGCAGUAUAAAUAACGAUGGCGAUCUCACCAACACACCUACUCUAAUGUUUCUGACCAGACUCACUUGCUUGAAGGGAGUCACUGCCAAGUCCACCAUUUCGGGGUGUAUGCCUAGUUACUGGCAGGUUGGCAUACACAAGGAAGUGCUGAUGGAAGAUCAGAUGGAUAUUGCGGCCGUCGAAGUGGGCAUCAGCCUCGAAGCUGAGUGCGAUAGUAGCGCUGAGCUUGUUAAAAACAGACACGCAUGGUGUGUUUCUUUGGGCAGCUGUAGAGCUCACAACAGUGACUGUCUGUGGUUUUAUUCCAGAGCAGUUUGUCUGGGCCAUGUCCCCAUGUACACGUUUAGACUCGAACCAGUGUUAGAUGUGGAUUUUGGGAUUCUGCUGGACACUGAGAAGAAGGUUUUGCACGUCAUCCACGUCCAGUCCAACAAGGUCGUUUGCUCAAUUCCAGACGUCGACGUCUCGCAGCCGCUCGUGCCUCUGUUUGGGGUCUACAGCCCGACUAUUUUCAAAGUCAGAGUCAGAGUCGAGUCCGGCACAGACCUCACUCUGAGCAGUCCUCUGCUGCACCUGCUUUCAGAUUUGGUCCAAAUUCAAUGAUCGCUGGUCUGAUGCUAAUACAACUUUUAGUUUGUAUACCCAAGACUCUAAUAGAGUCUGCGAUUUUAACGCCAGGGCAACACCAUAUAAAUUGCAUGCGUGUGACAUCAUUGAAUAUUUGAAUCUAACACACACCCUGGUGCUAAUAAAACUUAGUUUUUAGACAAAGAUUCUAUAAUAAUGUGUGACUUUCAUGCCAGGACACCGCCAUAUAAAUUGUACGUGUGUGACAGCAUUAAAGAUUUGAAUUUA